AUGGCAAGAGACACUGGCUUCCCGUUCAGUACUUCAGCCAGACUAAAGCGUGAGGCCGAGGAUGGAUCACCUGAGGCUGAGUCUGGUGGAGACAAUAAACGCAUAAAACAGGAAGUUCUCAAGCAAGAAGAACCACGGCAUCGUGAAGAUUCGUUGGGCCCCUACCGACAGCCUUCGCCAUACAUCGUCCACAGACCUUGGUAG